CUGGCCGGCGGCGGCGGAAGGGGAAGCGCGGAGCUGCUGGCCGCGCGGCCAUGGCGGAGCGGGUGCGCGAGGAGCUCGCGGCCUUGGCUGCGAUUUUCUGCGGGCCCGACGAGUGGGAGGUGCUGAGCCACUCAGAAACAGAUGGGACCGUGUUCAGAAUUCGCACAAAAGCCGAAGGACUUACGGAUGCGGAUGUACCCUUAGAGUUGGUGUUCCAUUUACCGGUUAGCUACCCCUCGUGUCUGCCUGGUGUCUCGGUUAACUGUGAACACCUGACCCGGGCCCAGUGCGUGACUGUGAAAGAGAAGUUACUUGAGCGAGCAGAGAACCUUGGAUCAGAACCUAUGGUUCACGAGCUGGUUCUCUGGAUUCAGCAGAAUCUCAGGCACAUCCUCAACCAACCAGAAACUGGAAGAGGCAGUGAGACGUGUGCUCUUGCAGCAAGCACGGCCGUGGAUGAUGGACUGUGGGUAACUCUUUUACAUUUAGACCACAUGAGAGCAAAGACUAAAUACGUCAAAACUGUGGAGAAGUGGGCUUCCGACUUAAGACUGACGGGAAGACUGAUGUUCAUGGGUAAAAUAAUACUGAUUUUACUACAAGGAGACAGAAGCAACAUCAAGGAGUACCUGAUUCUUCAGAAAACCUCCAAAGUCGAUGUGGACUCAAGUGGAAAGAAAUGCAGAGAGAAAAUGAUUAGUGUACUCGUUGAAACAAAAGUACAGACAGAACACAAAAGGUUUCUGGCAUUUGAAGUCAAAGAGUAUUCAUCGUUGGAUGAGUUACAAAAGGAAUUUGAAACUGCAGGACUUAAGAAGCUUUUCUCCGAAUUUGUACUUGGGCUGGUAAAAUGAAGUGGAAGAUAGGAAUCAUUUAGUAAAACAGCUGUGGUUUUUUUGCAUUGGGUUUUGGGAGUGGCUAAGUGAAAUACUCAUAAGGGAACAAUUUUAAAGUUUCUCUGAAGCAAAAUGAUAGACACCAUCCCAACUUCAGGAGCAAAAGCCAAUUCUGUUUAUGGAAUAUUAAACGGUAAAAACACUCCUGUAUUCUAAUUUUUGCCAGUAAAGCCUAGGUUCAAUAGUUGGAAUGUUAUUUGAAAGAUAAAUAUAAGAAGAUGAUGAUAAAUGAGCCCUUGUGUUUAUACAGAGGAUUUGUUUGGAACUGAGCAAUUUUCUGGCUAAUUUUCUUGUAAUUAAAUGAAUUUUUAAAAGCGUUGUUUUCAUGUUUACUUUUUUCAUGUUUACAUUUUUAGCAUUUGAUCACGAUUUUCUCCCGUUCAGCUUAUUAUGUCUAAUGUUUUAAGUUGAAUGUUAAGAAAAAUAUAACACUGAUUUCUUUGUGGAAUUGCGUAAAUCGUUAGUUUAAAUACAAACCAAAGAAAUUCUAUAGAACUUGAUUUACAGUUGCUUUCUUUGGGGUCCCAGAAUAGCAUGGUACUUGCUAGUUAUAGGACUAGAGAGUUGACUUAAAUUAAAACUCUUUUUUGAACAAUUUUCCUUCUAGUUUUAUAAGGGAAGAAAUGUUUCACACAAAAUGAACUUGGCUUGCUGGAUGGAGAAAGUUAUCUAGAGCUUGAGGUACUUAUGAAAAAAUAAUUGGGACUUCUGGAAGAUAGAGGAGGUGAGGCCAAGAGCUGGGACUCCUGAAAAGCUACACUGUAGGUGUAAGAGUGAACUGUGUAUAAACCAGUUGUCCUGGACUAUGGCUAAGCUUUGAGGAUUCUGGCAAGUGCAAAAGUCUUAAACUUUGAACUUGGAUUAAGGUAGUCCAUGAUUCUCAAGUUCUCAUAUCCUUCAAACCUUUGGAGGAAGAUAGCAUCCUAGGUGUCAAAUUUUAUCUAUGAAUAAUUUUUAAAUUCAAUAUCCAGCUAACAAUCAGGGGUAAUUGGACUCGUGAAGAGACAAGAUACUAUGAGUGAGAAACAGCAGAAACAGUAGAUGACAGAAAUAGACCCCCAGGGACUCCAGAUGCUGGAAUUAUCAGACAUAGAUCAUGAAACAGUUACACGUAAUAUCUUCGUGGAGGUAGAAGUCAAACUUGAAACUGGAGUUAGAAACUGUGAAAGGUGACAUGGCAUAUUUGAAAAACAACAAAACAAAAAAUAAAGCAAAUAGGAAUCUAGAACUGAAAAAUGCAACAAUUCAAGGGGCGGUUAAUUAGUUAAAGUCCAACUAGGAAAUCAGACAGUAUUUCAAACAGUAAAUUUCAAGCAGGAACUGGUUACAAAUGAGAAGAUCUGGAAGAACAAAAUGGAGAAGGAACAGGGCUGGAUGACGGAAGGAACAGGGAGGGCAACAGCAGUUCAGAAACUGCUAAGAGCUGUACCUGCUGCUGCCCUGUUGGAGACUGCUGUCAUUGGUGCUAGAUCUGCUGCGGUGGUCCAGUCUUCACCUAAAAUUGAUGAUGGGCAGGGUCUCUGACCUGUUGGAGUUCAGAACCACUCCACCGCUGCUGCCACAGCAACAACUACCAGCGACGACCACAGUGCUGCAACCUGUACUGCCUUCUGACCUCCAGCAGUGCUUCCUAUUGAGCAAACCUAACAGGAAUCCAGCUGGCAGAGAAGUCUGGGAAAUUUGGGUUGCAUAUCCCAACCCCAGGAGAACAGAGCGGAAUAUAGGAGGAUGGUAGUGUGUGUGUGUGGAGAGAGGAGAGAGGGAGCUGAGCGCCUAUAGUAAGUAACCAGCAUAACCUUCCGUUUUAGCUGUUAAGCAUCCACACACCACCUUCUGCCUGUAUUUAAAUUUCUGUACAACAACAACAGUUUUCUGCUUCUGUCUAUGCAGAUUUAACUGUCUUUUGUACAAAUGAAGAAACUCUCACCUACCCCCAAAGGGGAGAAAUAAAGUCGCAUCAGU